AUGAGUCUGAAGACAAAGAAAAAAACUCGGGCUUCCUUCGGGGCAACAGCGCCGCCCUUCAUUGACUACCUGAAAGAUAUUCUACGUCGAUAUCCAGAUGGUGGACAAAUUUUGAAGGAGCUGAUUCAAAAUGCAGAUGAUGCUGGAGCCACAGAAGUGGUUUUCAUCCAUGAUGAAAGAAGCUAUGGGACUGAGAGCCUUUGGACUGAUGAACUGGGAAAAUACCAAGGUCCUGCUCUAUAUGCCUACAACAAUGCAGCAUUCACUGAAGAUGACUGGAAAGGAAUUCAGACUUCAGGGAGGAGUGUCAAGCGCAAUGACCCAAACAAAGUUGGGAGGUUUGGGAUUGGCUUCAACUCUGUUUACCACAUAACAGAUGUGCCAAGUGUCUUCAGUUCAGGGCACCUUGGUGUGAUGGACCCCCAGGAAAAAAUAUUUGGGGGAAGAAAAGGAGGUUUUCAGUGGUCUUUAGAGGAUGAAGAAGACCGAGAAAAUCUGAUGAACAUACAUGAUCAGUUCAAACCUUUUCGAGAUAUUCUUUCACUUGUAAGCAGACAAGAGUGGUCAAAAGUCAUCAUGGAGGAUCAGCACCUUGAUGGGACAAUUUUCAGAUUCCCUUUGCGCAAUCAGGCAUCAGACAUUUCAGAUAAUCUAUAUGACUCUGAUAGGGUUGUUCAGCUUUUUGAUAGCUUCAUUGCAGAUGCAGACUUAAGCCUCCUGUUUCUAAAACAUGUGACCACUGUGUCCUUGAUACACGUUAACAAAAAUGGCUCCUUUAACACCAGACUAGAAGUGAAAUCCUCAGUCUUCACAGAUGUGAUUUUGAGAUCAGAAGACAAUUCAAUCACAGAGGGUUCAACAAGAUUCAAACUAAUAACCCUCAACUCAGAGGAUCACAAGGUAACAAAGUGGCUUGUGACAUCAUGCACCAUGAAAGAGGGGAACGUCGAAAAAAUAGAUUCACUUGCAAAAAAGUUGAGCUUUUUCCCUCAAGUUGACUUGGCAUUCCCUUGUAAUGAGAAGAGAGAUUGUAGUGAGAGUAGACUGAGCUGCUUUCUUCCACUCCCUAACAAUGAAUCCAACAAGACAGGACUCCCAGUUUAUGUCAAUGCGUGCUUUGGCCUCACAGACAACAGAAGACACAUCAAGUGGCAAGAGGAAGACCAGAAACAUGAUGAACAUGCUGUGUGGAAUGAACUGCUGAUGAAGGAAGUGCUCCCGCAGGCUUACCUCAUGAUCAUUCAAGAUGCUAUCAAACUUGCCCAAGAGGGUAAUCUCCAAGUCUCAUCCGUGUAUGAUCUGUGGCCAGAUAUCGCUGAGAUACAGCACAAAGACAAAUGGCAUGUCAUUGCUCUAGAUGUCCUUCAUCACUUAUUUAGAGAAGAUGUGGCUGUCCUCUCUCUUGCCAAAGAUGAAAGAAAGUUUAUCUCUCCAUCUGAAGCUGUGUUUCCGUGUAAUGGUCCAACAAGCCCUGACAUACUGGCCACCAUUAAAAGGACUCUGGUUUCCUGUGGAGAAAAUCUUGUCACUGUACCAGGUAGUGUCGCAAGAGCCAUAAAUGAGACCUAUCCACACCAUGAAAGUCUAAGACAUGUGACUCCAGCUUUCCUCAGGGGUGUUCUCCACAGGAUUGGAUUGCAUAACAUCUCUAAAGAAGACAAACUCUGUCUUCUAGAGUAUGUUUUGAGUGAUGGAAAAUACAGAGAACUCCAGGGUCUUCAGCUGCUUCCACUCAGUGAUGGCUCUUUCAGAUCUUUCACAAACAGAGAGGAGGACACUGCUUUAAUUGACAGCAAUGAAUUUCCAAGAGCUUUGCUGCCAUGUUGCAAACACCUCUUCAUCCCAGAUGAUCAAAGUCCAGCCUGCCGUACCCAUCUGAAACAACUGGCUAGAGAAAAAUUAUUCAAGGUAAUCAACAUUGAUGCCGACCAGGUGAAAGAAUACACAAGGAGGUAUUUGCCAGAUGACUGGAAGCCAACGAGGACAGGGCUUGUUAAGUGGGACAUCAGCAACAGUCAACAUCCACCUUUAGAAUGGCUCCAAGAAUACUGGAAAUUUCUCAACACUCACUUUAAAGAGUUAAGUGGUUUCACUGGAAUGCCAUUAAUACCAGUCAGUCCCCUGUCUGUCAGUCAAUCUGUAUUACUAGCAAGAGUACAACAGAAAACAACCCUAAUUUUUCAGAAAAGUAAGCAGAGUAGCUUGCCAGAACAAUUAGCUCUCUUGGUAAACAAAGUUAAUGGUACAGUGGUGAGAGAAAAUGAGUGGCUCAAACAUGAAGACCUAGACUCUUAUGUGCUCAGCCCAUCUCCAAGGAGUGUCAUGAAGGUCCUGAUGAAUUUAGAUUCUCAGCAUCUCAUCAGAGAACUCCAGACUGCUUCUGACAGAGAACGAGAAGAACUGAAAAAUUAUCUCUCACAUCUGGAGUCUCUCUCAGACAGUGAGAAAGAUUUCCUCUCAAUGAUGCCUCUGUUCCAAACCAUGAAAGGAUCAUAUACUGCAGCUCAGUCAAAACAGGCUGUGCAUUUAGGUUCUGGUCUAACAGUACCAAAAGAGCUCCCCAUGCCUGAUUCAGUUGUGCAGUGUGCUACUGAGGCUGAUCGCAGACUACUAAAACUGCUCAAAGUUAAUCUCUUGGACACAGUUCAAGCAGCUGAUCUCCUCAUUGACAGUGUUGAGAAGGGGACUUGCAGUAAAGGGGACACUGAGAAAAUAAUGACUUGGAUUUUACAGCAUGGUCAAAUUAUUUUCUCUCAAAAUCACACCUUGAAACAUAGAUGUAAGAACUUGAAGUUCAUUGAAGUGAAUGGAGAGCUGAAAACAACCUCAAGUUUUUUGGAUCCAAGAAUUCAAGCUUUCAAAGUCAUUUUUGAGCCAUAUCUCUUUCCCCCACCUUUAUAUGGCAAAACACUGCAGAUGCUUGAAAGUCUGACAGAUCUUGGGUUGCUAAAUAAAGAAGUAGACGUGCCACCAGGGCACUUGUUGCAUGCUGCCACAAAGAUUGACAAACUCCAUGUUGACUCUCAAACCGAGGCUCUCAAAAGAGCUCAAGUACUCUUGAAAAUGUUGGAUGCUAAUGAUCUGCUGUCAAAGUUUUCUCGUGAAGAGCUCAAUCGCCUCAAAAUGUUAAAAUGGGUCCCUUGUGCUAAACCUGGCAAUGACAAAUCACAGAGAAGUUGUAUCUUCUGCCCAGAUGAAAUAAAACACUCUAUGUUUGACGACAUUGUUGGGCAUGUAAUGCCUUUAAUGGGAAAGCUCAGUGACAGAGUCAGCAACAAACUUGGUCUCAAAUGCCUGCCUCCACCUGCAAAAGUGAUUGAGAAUUUAUCAAUCUUGAUAUUAAAAGCACAGAAAAUGGCUGAUCCUGACACAAAUUUGGAUUUCAAAAGGAAGCUGAACAGCAUUUACAAACACAUGCAAGAUCACCUCUCUGCAUUUUCUACGGUGAUUAGCAAAGACACAUGUUGGCUGUGGAGCCACAACCAAUUUGUGGCACCACAGGAUCUGGUUCUAGACUAUCCACAUAAUCUAGAUCUGAGCUCUUACAUUGGGAAGGUGCCAAAAGAAUUUCUGCCUUACAAGAACUUGCUCUGUGAGUUUGGCCUGAGAAAAUUGCUUUCAGAGCAAGAAAUUGUUGGCAUUCUUCAUUCCAUCAAGAAAUCCAUUGAAAGAAGGCAACAGCCAUUGGCAAGUUCCUCUGAGAUAAAAGUCUCAAUAGAAAUUCUUAACUGGCUGUGGAGAGAGAAGAAGACAGUGCAAGAUGACAUCCCAGUGCCAGUCAUUACAAAGGGUGGCCAAUUUACCCUCAAACCACGCUCAGCAACAGUCUUCUGUGACGUCAGCAAAAAAAGUUUGGAAGAGCUUCAGUAUAGCCAGGAGGAAAUCCAUGUCAUGCAUGAGGAAAUACCAAAAGCAACAGCUGAUUGGCUCAACAUCCAACUUCUCAGUACCCACAUCCUCGAUCCAGAGUUAGUGGGAAUUGAACAAUGUGGACAAUCUGAACCAAUAACAAUGAGAAUCAAAAACAUUCUUAAAGAGUAUGAUGAAGACAGUGACAUCUUCAAGGAGCUCAUUCAAAAUGCAGAGGAUGCUGGGGCAGAGGCCUGUAAAUUCUUGAUGGAUUUCAGAGUGCACAAAGAUGCCCCUGAAAGUCUCAUUGACCCUGACAUGGCACUUUGUCAGGGACCUUGUCUUUGGGCAUUUAAUAAUGAGCAGUUCACAGCUGAGGAUUGGAAGAAUAUUGUCAGAGUUGGCUCUGCCUCAAAGGAAAACAAGCUGGAAAAAAUUGGAAAGUUUGGACUUGGAUUCAAUACUGUGUAUCAUGUGACAGAUGUCCCUUCCAUCCUCAGUGGAAACAGUCUUCUCAUACUGGAUCCAAAUGUAACUCACCUUAAGAAGCACAUCAAACACAAAACAAAUCCUGGGAUCAAGCUGGACCUCUCUCUACAGCGACAUUUUCGUUGUUUCCCAGGUCAAUUUGGACCAUAUGAACGCAUUUUUGAUUGCAAUUUCACCAAACAAGGCCCACCUGCACCAUAUCAAGGCACUCUGAUCAAACUCCCUUUCCGAACUGAAGAAGAGGCAUUCAAGUCAGAGAUCAGCAAAAAGGUCUAUCACAAUGACAACAUCAUCAGUUUUCAACAGCAUUUGACUAACAACUCACAAACUCACCUGCUUUUUCUGAAGAACGUCAACACGUUAUCUCUACAAAAGAUCUCAAACAAUGCCUCAACACCACUGAGAGAUGAAGAAAUGGAGACAAUCUUCACUGUCUCCAAAACCACUGUGAGCACAAUGAAAAUUCCUGAUGAAGCUGGUUUGUCAAAGCAGAAUCAAGCUGAAACAACAUUGAUGAAACAUGAUGGGAAAUCCAAAGAGGUAAUUGACUGCAGCACAGUCAACAUUGUCCAAAUAACCAGUCAGCAGUCUGGUGUAACUCAAGUUCAGUCCUGGCUUCUGUACAACUGCUUUGGGACACGACAGUCUUUAAAAAUGACCCUUGAGGAAAACAAGCAAGCAAAGUUCUCCUUGCCAAUCGGUGGGGUUGCUGUGCCUUUGCAAAAUGAUCCAGAGACCGGGAAAUUGGCUGCAUUACACUCUGAACUUGUUGGACAGGCAUUUUGCUUCCUUCCUCUUUCCAUUUCCACAGGUCUCCCAAUCAAUGUGAAUGGAACCUUUGCUGUGACGAGCAACCGAAAAGGUCUGUGGGAGAGUGGAGUGAAACACGAAUGGAACAAAUCUCUUCUUCAGGAUCCUGUAGUGACAGCAUAUGUUACCGCACUCUUAGCACUUAAGAAAAUGUCUGAAAAUGAUCAACUGGACAAUUACUGUUACCACACAUUUUGGCCUAAUAGGGAAAAAGUGAGUGAAACUUUCAAACCUUUGGUGGAUACAUUUUACUCCACUGUUGCCCACCACACUAUUGCUCCAGAACUCUUCAGCGAAGGAAAACACUGGUGCUCAAUGAACAAUGCCAUAUUUUUGGAUGAGAACAUUGAGGAGGAUAAAGACAUUUGCACGCUUGCAAUGCAGGUCUCCCAAAAACAUGCAAAGGCACCAAAUCAUGUUGUUCCUCUUCCACUGUGGCUGAGAAAUAGCUUCAAACAAGCUGGCCUUGAAAAUGUUUUACAGAACAGAACAUGGAACUGGGAGAAGUUUUAUCAAGAAGCAGUUUUUGAUAACCUUGCUACCAUGGACCCUAAGAGUAGAGAUACUCUUGUGCUUCAUGCUAUUGACCUUAAUAUCAAAGAAAUUGACAAUCUAUUGGUCAACCAUCCAUGCAUUCCCACAACAGGCGGACAGCUCCAGUAUAUCAAGAAUCUUGUGAAUCCCUCAGGAAAAGUGGCCUGUCUUUUUGAACGAGCAGAGGGACGAUUGCUUGGAGGUACUAAAAAUGACUUUUGCUCUCCCAAAAGGAUUCAACGCUUACUGGCACUUGGAAUGGCAGAUGAUGAUCUCCCCUUGGAGGACAUAACCAAGAAAGCAGGAACAAUCAACAAAACCUGGAGCACUGACAAAAAGAAAGCAUAUGGGCAUCUGACAUGCCUUCUUGAACUCAUGAAGGAUCACAUGUACGACAAAGAGGUCCACCACUGGGAAACACUGAGGAUGACAGAAUUUCUGCCAGCAUUUUACCCUGGUGAUACGAAAAUGGAAGGACAAGUAAUACUUAGAAGGCCCACUGAUGUUUUUAGUGACAAAUGCUCCCUACUUGUUAAUAUGACACAACCUGUCCUGGAUCACUGCACUCUGAAAAUACACAACACAGAUACACUCCUACAAAUUUUGGGGGUUCGCGACCAUCCAGAGCCUGAGAUGGUGCUUCAGCAGCUGCAAGAAGCACAUAUGCAAUCUCAAUCCACUGACAAAUCCAUGCUUCACAAAAUAGCCUAUGAAUGCUACAAGUUUCUGGAUCAAUGGCUCUGUACUUCUGGAAAUUCCACUUACAUUUCACAGAGUGCAAAUUCAUUCCCAUUCAUUCUUGUUGGCAAUGCAUUUGUAAAUGUGAACCGUGUAGCUGAAAAAGAGCAAUUUGAAGCAAAACCGUAUCUCCAUGUACUCCCACCUGCCUUCACUGGUUUCAGGAAUCUCUGGGAAAGUGUAGGCAUUGAAAAGAAAUUUACACUCAGCCAGUAUCUAACUGUGCUGCAGGAGUUGCACAUUCAACAUGGAGACAACACCCUGCCAAAGAUUGAUCUUGAUAUUUGCCUCACCGUUUUAAACAGAGGCAUAUAUAAUGCAGAAGAGAAAACGAGCAACUGCCUCAUACCCAAUGAACAUGGUGUUUUACAACCUGCAAGUGAGCUCUUUUUUAAUGACAGCCCAUGGAUCCCAAUCAGUUCUGGCGUCACAUUAUGCCACGAGAAUAUCCCACGUGUUAUGGCUCUCCAUUUUGGAAUCAGAACAACCAGGCAUCAUGCUCUGCAAAACCAUGUAGUUGAGAACAUCUCACCAUUUGCCUUUCAGUUUGAACAGCAGGAGAAACUACCUGUUCGAAUAAAAAACAUAAUUUCAGCCUAUCCUUCAAAGAAAGAUAUCCUUAAAGAGCUUAUCCAAAAUGCAGAUGAUGCAGAAGCAACAGAAAUUCACUUUGUUUGGGACAAACGACAGCAUGACAAUGAAAAAACGUUUGGGGAGAAAUGGAACAAUUUGCAGGGUCCAGCACUGUGUGUGUUCAACAACAAAGUCUUCUCUGACGCUGACCUGAUUGGCAUUCAACAGCUGGGAGAAGGAGGCAAGCACAAUUCUCGAGGGAAGAUAGGAAAGUACGGGGUAGGAUUCAACUCUGUUUACCACCUGACUGACUGCCCCUCAAUUCUGACUGGAGAUAAAUUGCUCUGCAUUUCAGAUCCAAAUCAAAAUUACAUUGAGUGUCAUUCAGGCAAAUCAUCUUCUGGGAUUGGUUAUAAACUGGAUGGAACCUUCAAGGAAAUGUAUAUGGAUGUCUACAGAUCCUUUCUUCCAGACCAAUUUCCUCUUGAAGAUGGCACCAUGUUCAGAUUACCUCUACGGUUGGAUACCAUGGCAGACAGCUCUAAAAUAUCCCAACAGGGAGUCACUGAGGAUGACAUGAAAGAACUGUGCUCUGCCCUUGCUGAAGAUCCUGAAGGACUAAUUAUAUUUCUGAGAAACAUCUGCAAAAUACAAGUCCAUGAAAUCAAUGAACACUCAGGGACACCUAAAAGCAUCUUUGUGGUUGAAAAGACUCAACCAGAGAAAAGCAGAGAAGAAAAAGAUGCUUUUGUAAAGCUUUUACAAAAUGCUUUACAAUCUGACAAACAGAUAACCCCAUGCAAGGCUAUUUAUGGAACCAUUAUUUCCACCUCAAAUAAAAGUGAAAGUAAAUGGAUAAUUGCGGAGCAGUUUGGCACAUUCAAAAACAGUGGUGGAAGAAAUGUAAAACUUUCAGACAAACUUCCCCAAGCUGCAAUAGCAGUGUGUGUUAACCCUGCUGGAAUAGAACUAUCCAGCCCUAUUCAUUUUAAUGGAGUAGCCUUUUGUUCACUUCCUCUGCCUGGAAAAACUGGACUGCCAGUGCACAUCAAUGGAAACUUUGAGGUAGAUUCUGCCAGAAGAAGCCUUUGGAAAGAAGAUGGUCAAAGUUUGAAAUGUAACUGGAAUGAAUUUUUGAAAAAGAACAUCAUAGCACCACUGUAUGCAGAUCUCCUUGAUUACAUCAGCCAAAGCAUUGCAGUAAAGAAAGUCUCUCCUGCACGUAUUGAAUCAUUUUUCAGUAGCUCGUACUUGUGUUUUUGGCCAACUGUGUCCAAAGAAGUUGGUCAGGAGUGGCAUGAAAUGAUACAUGAAGUAUACAGAUCAAUCAAUGAAAGAUGCCUUAAUGUGAUUCCAGUGUUGAAGAGCUCAAUACGUGUAACUGCAGAACGAGUAUUUAAAGAGUACGCUUUUGACUGGUGUAAUGUCAGUGAAACAAAAUCAACAAAGGCACCUCACCUACAAUAUUCAUCAGGUGGUCAGAUUAAUUCCAUUUUGGAAGACCUUGGAAUGAAACUGGUUCCAUUUUCCAUGGCGAUGCAAAAGAUAUGGCAUGGUUUCAAAACUGCUGGCAUUAAAGUGAAAUGUGUCAGUCCUUCAACUGUGCAGACUUUUCUGAGAGCAAAACCCCUCAAUGACCCAACACAAACACAUGAGGAUUUACCCCUGCCCAUAACUGCCACUCUGAUUAGAGAUAAAAAACAAUGCUCAAAGCUCUUGAGUUUCUGCUUAAAAGAUCUCGACUUGAAAAAGGUAACCAUGGACCACUUCAGUUUACUUGAUGGACUUCCACUUCUUCUCACAAGAGAUAACAUUUUGAGAGUAUUUAACUCCAAAUCUCCAAAGCAGAUAACAAGAUACGACAGUCUGUUCAUUGGCUACGAGGACCAAUUUGCAGAUUAUGAGACCAACAAAGACCAGAUUGAUGCUCUACAAACUCUCAAACUUGUCAACAGUUUGACACUUCCCACUGCAGCCAAUUAUUUAAAACCAUAUAUUCAGCAUCUUCUCCAAAACUGUGAAGUGGAUCCUCACACUGGUCUUCAUGUCCCAAACGAGGCAAUGUCAAAGUGGCUGAAAUCACUUUGGAUGUUCUUAACAAGUCAAAUCAAACCUGAAACAUCUACUGAUGAUGAACAAAGUCUGACAUUAAGUGCUGUGAGGCAGCUCUUCAACGACUGCUGCAUUUUACCUGUUGUGUGUCCACGGUUAAACAACAUGCACUUCCUGCAAACAAUGAAAGACAUGCAAAGUGUUAUUCAGGUCGCCUCAGAAAGGGACAUAUCAGGCAUCCUGUUUAAACUUGGUUUUAUGAAGCUUGACAGUGCAUUUUUCAUUGACAUGAACCGACAGACACGUUCACUUCUACAACCCGAACUUAUGGAUGUGAAUGAUGAAAGUUCUGUGUUGGACCAAGUUUUCAACAUUAACCACUCAGAGUUUUCCAAGCUUACCAGUGAUGAGAUGAGAGCGCUUCAGAGCUUCCUGCAGUCUGGAGUAUUAAAAACCAAAGACAUUCAAGGGUAUCAAAGGAAGCUCAAAUCCUUGCCAUUAUUUGACACAAUACAUGGUACACGAGUGAGGAUUGAUGGACCUAAAGGGGUAUUUAUCCUCAACAUCAGUGCAUAUUCAAUGACUAGAUUUCCAGAUUUGUUCACCCUGCCUGACAGCAACAACAUUUUCCUCAAAUACAAUCCUGUGAACUGCAGUGUAUCAGACGUACUGAAAAUCCAAACCCUGACUGACCUGGAGUAUUUCAUGGAGUUCAUUCUUCCCGUUGCACACAAUCUCUCAGAGAGACAGACACUUCAUUGCUUCAAAAUGUUAUUAUCACUACAACUAAAUUUCAAUUAUCCUAACCAUAAGGACAAAAUCAUCUCCUCAAUGAAGACAGUGAAAUUGAUCCGCAGUUCUCAGGGCAGAUUGGAGAUGGCAUCAUACUACUAUGAUGAGAGUGUUGCUUUGUACAAGGCCAUGUUGCCACAAGAAAGAUUUUUGCCCAAGACAUUUUGGACAGAAGUGUGUGAAGAAAAUGCAAUGCAAACAAUCCAAACAAAAGAGUUACUCAAAGAACUUGGAAUGAAGCAUGUUGUGUCAAAAGAUGAAAUAAUACAUUUUGCUCAACAGUUAGAAGUCGAAGCAAAAGGAAACUGUCCACUUGAAGAGUUGAAACGUAAAUCAUCAGUAGUUUUAAAAGCAGCCUUGACUAUGGCAAGUAAUGACAAAAACAAAGAGGAAAGGUUCCUGGAGAACAUAGCCGACAUCAAGUUCAUUUUUCCUGUGAAAAUUGAAGAUGAACUGUGCAACUAUCACCAACCAUUCGCCACAGAGACAACUGCUGUUAAAAUCAGAGGAUCUUUGAUGGAAAGCGAUGAUCGUAAGCAUCAAGAGUUGAUUUGGUCUUCAAUGGCAAUUAUUCAUCUACCAGUUUAUAAGUCGGGGAAACUUCUGAAAAAAAUGACAAAUGCAGGAGCUUUUGAACAACCACCUCCACAGUGUAUUACCAGAAAUAUAAGCAACAUCUGUGAGUCACCUUGUGAUACUGAGAACUUGAUCACAACCCGUGCAAAUGUGUUUCGAAGUUCUUAUGCCUACUUGCAAACAAAUGGGUUUGAUAUCCAACAACUGAAAGGUCUCCCAGUUGUGCUGGUUGAAAGAGACACAAAACUUGUGAAUGCUCAUAAUACAUCUCUUUCACUGCCCUAUGACCUUGAGUUCAGACCAUAUUUGUACAAAAUUCCUCCAAAGGAUGUCAUGUUUGCAGAGUUCUUCAAGAAAAUUGGUGUAACGGUGGAACCUACUGCUGAGCAGUACUGUAAUGUUCUGGCAGCAGUUUAUGCUGAUUCCUCUGCUAAACCACAACUAAACCCAAACCAAAAGUCAACUGUUAAACAAGCUGUUAAGCAGUUGUUUGAGAUAAUUAAACUUCAUGAAAGUCAGGCCCUCGUUGAUGUAAAAGCUCUCUAUCUUCCUGCAGUAAAUGGUAAAUUAUACCCAUCACACACACUGUACUACAAUGACACAGCGUUUGAGACUAAAAGGAUAGAAGAAGCGCUGGCAAAUGAGUUCCUGUUGCUUCAGAAACUCAGUGAAUGUCAUUUGGGAAAGGACAUGUUUGUGCAUCAUCGAUUGCUGCAACUGCUGCCUCCAAAAUUUCAGCCUAAAAUGCUGUCUAACUUCACUGAGGAGAAAGUCGUGGAAUUACACAUGCAGCUUUGUGAGCUCGGAAGUAGCUGUGAAUUUAGAGGAUGGUUUGACCAACAUCUGUCCUCAAAAGCAUUUCGUCAUGGACUAGUCUGUCUUAUUAGAGAGCAGUCUAAGGGCAAAAUAACACAAGAAGAUGCCAUUGAAAUGUGUGAGAAGACUUUUGGUAGUAUUCAGAUUGUCUGCUGCAAAAGCUUGGAAACAGAGCUUUGGCUGGACAAACAGCCAUUAAAUGACACUGCCGCUGAAACUGCUGUUUACGUCAAACAAGGAAAAACAGAUUGCAUCUUUUACUUAAAACACAAUGAGGGCAUAGCUUUUAAGGUGUCUUUUAAAGUUGUUAUGAUAUUGACAAGGGAGAUCAACGCUCUUUUAGACAACAGAAUUGCGACAGAUCACCUUUCAGUCCUUGGACAACUUCUCGCAUGUGACAAUCUGCAAGAUGUUCAGACAGUUCUGGCUGAGAAUGGGAUCCAUGACAGUGCUGAAACAGAUGGCUUCCUGGUCAAUUCACAUGCCCCUGGGACAGAUAUUCCAAAGGAAUGGCAUGAUUCUUUGGACAUGAACAUCCUCAAUAACUUUGAAGGUGGGGAAUAUGUUGGCUACAUGACUAACAACAAGUACAUUUAUGCAGUUAUUGUUGAGGAACUGUCUGGGCACUCUGGAAAAUAUUCACGGAGAUACAAAAUACUAAUUGGAGAAGAUGAGACAAUUGAAGUCAGUUGUCUGGAUCUAUAUCAGUUUAAAUGCGAAAAGAAGCCUGAAUCUGAUAGGGGGACUUGCACUUCUGCUGAAGCUUCUUGCAUGGAGCUAGAGCUACUAUCAGGAGCUGUGCCACCCUCUUCCCAACCAUCAUCUACAAGGUCCUCACCGGCAUCUUUUGAAGAGGCUAAAAGGGAAAUUGAUAAAUGUUUGGCUGAGAUCUGGACUCUCUCUGAGGAGGAGAGGCGUAAAGCCAUCAGACGACUCUAUCUAAGAUGGCAUCCUGACAAAAACCCUGAUUGCCUCUUGCUCGCCACUGAGGCAUUCAAAUACCUGCAGAAUCAAAUUGAUGAGCUCAGUAAAGGCAAAAGCAAAGGCAAAACUGCUGGCUCCUAUUCCUCCUAUUCAGGGGCAAAUUUCAGAGACUUCUACCAGCAAUGGAAUCAGGAGGCCAGGUAUCACAGAAAUGGUCGAGAGCGAUUCUUCAGACGCAGCCGUUCCUACAACUUUUGGACCCAUAAUAGCGAUAUCCCAAGGCCAAACAGAGAGGAGGCCCAGCGCUGGUGUCGACAGGCUCGCUGUGAUCUAAAGGCAGCUUACAAAGACAUCGGUGAGGGGAGCACAGAGUGGUGUCUGUUCAAAGUCCAUCAAGUUGUGGAAAAGUCCCUCAAAGCCGCACAGUAUAAAAGACAUGGUAACCCCAGCAGCAGCUCCAUCGCAGUUAUUGCUGAAGAAGUUUCCCUCUACAACCCUGAACUGAGAGAUCUCCCUCAAAUUGUGCAAAAUCUGAAGAUGCUGGGAGUGGACCCCAAAAAGACUCAAUACCCCAGCUGUCAUCCAUUCCCCCACAUUCCAAAUGGACAGUUCAAAGCAGAAAAUGAGAGGCGAGCUGUAGAGAAGGCAGAUGAGCUUCUCAGUAAAGUAGAAGCAUAUGUCAAUUAGGGAUUC